AGAAUCGCACCUGGAAAUUUCAUCAACAGUUUCGCGUUGUCUGCUUGUCUGUUGUCUGCUUGGAAGUAUGUUGUUGGCUGCACCAACUUAAUGACUGGUGGACCUAGCAAGGAAGAUGGUUGCUUUCUUCGAGUAUACUAUCCUAGUCAAAUAAAAGAUAUAUAUGAACAUUCUUCCCGUUGGGCAAGCUGGCUCCUCCACCCAAAAUACGUAGAAGAUUACACCAUAGUACUAGGAAUGAUUCCUUUCUUUGGCAAGAAGCUGAUAUCCUGGGCCUUUGGAAAUUCAUACAUUCCUAUAGCGUUAGAUGCUGAGCUAUGCAAUGAACAAAGAUUUCCUGUAAUUGUAUUUUCUCAUGGUCUUACUGCGUGCCGUACUGCCUACUCAACUUUCUGCUCAGACAUAUCAUCCCAUGGGUUUAUAGUGGCAGCUAUUGAACACAGGGAUGGCUCCGCUUGCAUGACUUAUAGUCUCGAAACGGAACAAAAUAGUAAAGGAGGUUUAGUCGAAAGCUGGAUCCCUGGAAAUGACUUGUGAAUGCAAUGACUUUUUACCGCUUUUUACUUCUAAUUCCCCUACAACUUUUAUUUACUUGCUUGUAACACUCUUUAUCAACACCUCUCUUAAUUAUACCCCCUUCUCCCAAAAAAACGAACAUUUGAAUAAUGGAAAUAUUUAUUGAUUGCGGAUCGGAUUAAUAAAAUCAUUGGUGAUUCAUA